AUGCCCCACUGGAGUAAUGGUGGUAGUGAUGGUGGUGGUAGUAGUCCUGGUAUAAGAGGAUAUGUACAGAACAGUAAUGGUGGUAGUGAUGAUGGUGGUAGUAGUCAUGGUAUUAGAGGACCUGUACAGAACAGUAAUGGUGGUAGUGAUGAUGGUGGUAGUAGUCCUGGAAGAGGACCUGUACAGAACAGUAAUGGUGGUAGUGAUGAUGGUGGUAGUAGUCAUGGUAUUAGAGGACCUGUACAGAACAGUAAUGGUGGUAGUGAUGAUGGUGGUAGUAGUCAUGGUAUUAGAGGACCUGUACAGAACAGUAAUGGUGGUAGUGAUGAUGGUGGUAGUAGUCCUGGUAUAAGAGAACAUGUACAGAACAGUUAUGGUGGUAGUGAUGAUGGUGGUAGUAGUCCUGGUAUAAGAGAACAUGUACAGAACAGUAAUGGUAGUGAUGAUGGUGGUAGUAGUCAUGGUAUUAGAGGACCUGUACAGAACAGUAAUGGUGGUAGUGAUGAUGGUGGUAGUAGUCCUGGUAUAAGAGAACAUGUACAGAACAGUUAUGGUGGUAGUGAUGAUGGUGGUAGUAGUCCUGGUAUAAGAGGACCUCUACAGAACAGAAAUGGCUGUAGUGAUGAUGGUGGUAGUAGUCCUGGUAUAAGAGGUUCUGUACAGAACAGUAAUGGUGGUAGUGAUGAUGGUGGUAGUAGUCCUGGUAUAAGAGGACCUGUACAGAACAGUAAUGGUAGUGAUGAUGGUGGUAGUAGUCCUGGUAUAAGAGGACCUCUACAGAACAGUAAUGGUGGUAGUGAUGAUGGUGGUAGUAGUCCUGGUAUAAGAGGACCUGUACAGAACAGUAAUGGUGGUAGUGAUGGUGGUGGUAGUAGUCCUGGUAUAAGAGAACAUGUACAGAACAGUAAUGGUGGUAGUGAUGAUGGUGGUAGUAGUCCUGGUAUAAGAGGACCUGUACAGAACAGUAAUGGUGGUAGUAAUGAUGGUGGUAGUAGUCCUGGUAUAAGAGGACCUGUACAGAACAGUAAUGGUGGUAGUGAUGAUGGUGGUAGUAGUCAUGGCUUGUGA